AUGGCUGAAGAGGCAAAGGAGCCAAACUCUGUUGGGGAGGAUAACAACGUCGAAGGUGAAGAACCCGAAGCCGCUGGACUUGUCGAAGAUGGCAAAGAACAGAGUAACGAGGAAGAGCAGACAAGCAAACCCGCAACCGAGAGUACUUGGUCGGCGCCUAUUCUGUCGCUGGCACGAAAAGCUACGGAGACGAUUAGCAGCGGAGUGAACACAUACGGAGCUGCCCUAAAGACCACGGCACCUGGGACAGCAACUAAUAGCUCUGAAGUUUCAACUGUCAUUGAAGUUAAAAAUACAGUGAAGGACCCAGUGACAGUGGAGAGGUCCAAUCUUCUGAGCAUGAUGAAGCUGAGUGUGAAGGUUCUAAUACAGUCCUCGCUGAGUUUGGGCCGGACUUUGGAUUCGGACUAUCCACCAUUGCAGCAGUUUUUCGUAGUCCUGGAACACUGCCUGAAACACGGAUUGAAAGUGAGGAAAUCCUUCAUCAGCCAGAACAAGUCCAUAUGGGGACCGCUGGAGCUCAUCGACAAGCUGUGUCCCGAAUCCAACGACAUCAACACCAGUGUGCGGGAUAUGCCCGGCCUCAAGACAGGGCUGGGGCGGGCGCGUGCCUGGCUGCACCUGGCCCUCAUGCAGAAGAAGCUGGCUGACUACAUGAAGGCCCUAAUUGACAGGAAAGACCUCCUCGGCGAUUUUUACGACCCUGGAGCGUUAAUGCUGGAGGAGGAGGGGACGGUGAUUGUGGGCAUGCUGGUGGGGCUGAAUGUCAUCGAUGCCAACCUCUGUGUGAAGGGGGAAGAUCUCGACUCGCAGGUUGGAGUCAUUGACUUCUCCUUAUACCUGAAAGACCCACAGAACAGCGAAACCACAAAAGAUGACGAGAAGAUGACGGCCAUCUUGGAUCAGAAGCACUACAUAGAGGAGCUGAAUAGGCACCUCAGCUGCACCGUCAGCGACCUGCAAGCCAAGAUGGACGCUCUGGAGAAAACCAACAGUAAACUCAUAGAGGAGCUCACUGCUGCGACAGAUCGCAUUAACUCAUUGCGGGACGAGCACGAGAUGCUCCAGCAGGAGAACGACAGAAUCCUCCAAACCAGCCAGAAGAAAGAGGAGGCCACCCUGCAGGACAGCCAGGUGGAGCUGGAGACGUACAGGCAGACGCGGCAGGGCCUGGAUGAAAUGUACAACGUGGUGUGGAAGCAGUACAAGGAGGAGAAACGCAUCCGGCAGGAGCUGGAGAAGGAGCUGGAGCUGCAGGUGGGCCUGAAGCAGGAGAUGGAGGUGGCCAUGAAGCUGCUGGAGAAGGACAUCCACGAGAAGCAGGACAGCCUGGGAGCCCUCAGACACCAGCUGGACCAGGUCAAGAGCCUCAACCUGCAGAUGUUCAACAAGGCACAGGAAACAGACAGGCUGGUGAAGAAGAAGGAGGACGAUGCAGCCAAGCUGGUGGAGAAGAUGAACCGCAUGGAAGAGACCAUGAAGGCCAUGGAGCAGAGGUUGGUGAAGGGCGAGGAGGCCCGCAGGCAGACGGACCAGUGUGAGAAGGACAUGAGAUCGGAGCUGGAGGGGAAAGUGGAGGCUCUGCAGCAACAGCUCACUGACCUCGAUUCACUCAGGUUGGGCUUGGAGAGCGACCUGCGCAGCGAGAAGGAGCAGCGUCAGGGUCUGCAGAGAGAUCUGCAGCGCGAGCAGGACAACAGCUCAGAGCUGCGCACUCAACUGCAGCAACUACAGGGCCUGCAGAAGGAGCUGGGGGAUCUGCAGCAGGAGAAGAAGCAGCUUCAGCAGACGUGUGAGGAGCAGGAGCAGGCCCUGCAGGAGAUGGGACUCCACCUCAGCCAGUCCAAGCUGAAAAUGGAGGAUUUCAAAGAAGUCAACAAAGCUUUGAAGGGUCAUGCGUGGUUGAAGGAUGAUGAAGCCACUCAGUGCAAGCAGUGCAAUAAGGAAUUCUCCAUCGCACGCAGGAAGCACCACUGUCGUAACUGCGGGGACAUCUACUGCAACAGCUGUUCCAGCAACGAGCUGGCACUGCCCUCCUACCCCAAACCUGUACGAGUCUGUGACAUCUGCCACUCCCUGCUCCUCCAGAGAAGCUCCACAGACUCCUGACAGAACACACACACACACGCGCA